UGUGUGUGGGCAGAGUAAGUAGAGCUGUGGACUGGACUAUCUCAAGCAGACCGAUUUAAUCAGCGGAAUGUCUUCGCGAGCUGCUCUUCAGAGUGGAAACUAAGACGGUUAACGACAGCGGUUCCUCUCGGGGCGAUGGGCUGGUGUGCAGGUGAACCGACGUGAGAGCAGGAGCCCCGUAGGAAGACUGCUUUGGUCCGCUGGCACAUGGGAGCUGUGACACUCCGCAUUUUGACAUUUUAAGGACACUCUCCUGAGGAGGCCACAGAGACAUGUCAAGAGACAGCAUGACAGAUGUACGAGGAAGCCAUUCACAAAACACUAGCCCAGCUUUACCCAAAGAGAACGGGCACACUGCGCCGAGUCCACCUCAACCCAACUUUCCCCAUCCCUCAGAGACGACCAUACCCGACGAUACCCCGGCGUCAUCCACCAGCGAGCUGACCCAGACCUGGGUCCACUUUGCUAAGACAUUUGUGCUCAUUUUCCCCAUUUACGCACUUGGUUAUUUUGAGUUCAGUUUCAGCUGGCUGCUUAUUGGACUUGUGAUCUUUUUCUGGUGGAGGAGGAACACAGGAGGAAAGCAAAGCCGCCUGAGCCGAGCAAUAGCUUUCUUUGAGCAAGAGGAGCAAAGUGCCAAAUGUGCUCUCACCACCUCUGAUUUACCACCAUGGGUCCACUUUCCAGAUGUAGAGCGGGUGGAGUGGCUGAACAAGACUGUGAAACAGAUGUGGCCCUACAUCUGCCAGUUUGUGGAAAAACUGUUCCACGACGUGAUCGAGCCGGCGGUGAAGGAGUCCAACGCCCACCUCAGCACCUUCUCCUUCACCAAGUUCGACAUGGGAGACAAACCGCUGAGGAUCAACGGGGUCAAGGUUUACACGGAAAACGUGGAUAAGCGACAGAUCAUUAUGGACCUGCAGAUCAGCUUUGUUGGCAACACUGAGAUCGAAGUAGACAUCAAACGCUACUACUGCAAAGCUGGCAUCAAGAGCAUCCAGAUCCACGGUGUGUUGAGAGUGGUGAUGGAGCCGUUGCUGGGUGAUAUACCUCUCGUCGGAGCUCUGUCUUUGUUCUUCCUGAAGAAGCCACUUGUGGACAUAAACUGGACCGGCCUCUCCAAUAUACUGGAUAUUCCUGGGCUCAAUGGCUUCUCUGACAGUCUGAUUCAAGACAUUAUCUACAGUUAUUUGGUAUUACCCAACCGAAUCACUAUCCCACUGGUCGGGACGGUGGAGCUGGCCAAGCUGCGCUUUCCAAUGCCAAAGGGAGUCCUAAGGAUUCACUUCCUGGAGGCUCAAAAUCUAGAAGGGAAGGAUACAUUUCUGGGAGGGUUGAUCAAAGGCAAGUCUGACCCCUAUGGUAUCCUGCAGAUCGGCAACCAGCUGUUUCAGAGCAAGACAAUUAAGGAAAGCCUUAAUCCCAAGUGGAACGAAGUGUACGAGGCACUGGUGUAUGAGCACUCAGGUCAGCAUCUUGAAAUUGAGCUAUUUGAUGAGGAUCCAGACCAAGAUGACUUCCUGGGGAGCCUCAUGAUUGAUAUGACAGAGCUGCACAAAGAACAGAAAGUUGAUAUGUGGUUUGAUCUUGAAGAAGCAACUACUGGGAAACUCCACCUGAAACUGGAGUGGCUAUCGCUGCUCUCCACUUCUGAGAAAUUGGACCAGGUUCUGCAAAGCGUGCGCGCAGACAGAAGCCUUGCCAACGACGGACUGUCAUCAGCGCUUCUGGUGGUCUAUCUGGACUCGGCAAAGAACCUGCCAAGCGUCUUCUCAGGCAGCUUAGGCUGUGGAAACUUAAGUGAGAGGAGAGCUUCUGGCCUAGUCUUUUGUGAGAGCAAUACCUCAGAGUAUAAAACAAUAUGUUCUGCUAAGAAGAAUACCAGCGAGCCCAGCCCUUAUGUUCAUUUCAGAGUUGGACAUAAAACACUUGAAAGUAAGAUCCGGUACAAGACUAAGGAGCCCCUGUGGGAAGACUGUUUUUCAUUCCUGGUCCAUAACCCGAGGAGGCAGGAGCUCGAGGUGGAGGUAAAAGACGACAAGAACAAAUGCACUCUGGGUAACUUGACGGUGCCUUUGAGUAGCCUGCUGGUGGAGAAGGACAUGACGCUGAAUCAGCGUUUUCCCCUCAAGAAUUCUGGGCCCAGCUCCACCAUCAAACUUAAGAUGGCUAUGAGGAUCCUGUCCUUGGAGAAGCAAGUGUCCCCAGACCAGCCUUCUUCAGUCCAGGUCAACAAGUCCGGCGUGCCACAGGCACCCCCAGCCUCGUCCCUGAGACCAUCAGCCUCAGAUUCGCCGCUGCCUCCGCCCACGCAUUCGCAUCCUAUAGAAGCUUCUACUCUCAACCUCAAGGACAGGGACGGCGAGCCGUACGGAGCCAGCCAUCGCUACAGUACCACCAACCUGACCACCGCCAUAUCAAGCUCCCAGAAACACCUGCCGCACAACGAGUCCACAGCCAGCCUGGCAUCGGAUAUCUCCCUGCCUAUUGCCACCGUGGAGCUUCAGCAAAGGCUUCGUCAGCUGCAGAACGGCUCGGCCCCCAGCCAGUACCCCCUGGGUGAGAUCCAGCUGACUGUUCGACACAGCUCCCAGAGGAAUAAACUCAUUGUGGUGGUGCACGCCUGCCGCAACUUGAUAGCCUUCACCAAAGACGGCUCGGACCCCUUCAUACGCCUCUAUUUGCUGCCUGACAAGAGUCGGACGGGGAAGAGGAAGACAAGCACAAUGAAGAGGACUCUUAAUCCUGUUUACGAUCAGACGUUUGAGUUUAGUGUAUCUAUUGUGGAGCUCUACAGGAGAACUCUGGAUGUUGCUGUGAAGAAUGGAGGGAGCAUCCUGUCCAAACACAAAGGGCUUCUGGGAAAGGUUCUGGUGGAUUUAAGUGGAGAUGACAUAGCAAAAGGAAUCACACAGUGGUAUUAUCUAAGUGAAGAUGGUUUGUCGUCUCAAGCCACAAAAAGUAUUCAAGACCCCAUCGUCACAUAGUGGCACCACCUCUCUGCUGUAACAUAGUUAUCUUGUUAACCUAAGGGCACAUCCUUCUGUUGUAUUCAUAUAUAAUUUCCAUUUAGUUAACAGGAAUAAUUUAAUCAUGUUUAGUUUUAUUUUUGUCAAAAUUUCCUGUUAAUCUUUCAUGAGCCAGAUUGGAAGAUGUUGUAACAUAUUUUAAUGUGUUCAAACACACUUACUGCCUUGUCUCUGUUUUUAGUGUUUUAAUGUAAAUAUAUAUAGUUAUAAGAAUUUGCAGGGGUUUUCAUGGCAUUAUACUUACCUUGGAGGAGUCGUGUUGAAAUCUGUCACGAUUCUUAUGACUUUGUAUCCGGUUUGUUAAAAUGUGAAGAAUUUUCAUUUGUUGUCUGAGAAAACUAACCAAAGGAACUGAUGCACACAAAUGUAGGCUUAAGUAGCAGUCCUGAUUUGAAAUUUUGAUUUUCCUUUGUCACGCAGUGUUGAUUGAUCGCUUACCUCUCGUUAUUAAUGCUUGAUUACAAACAUGGAAUGCCGAUAUGCAAAGAAUAAAACGACUGCUGUGCUGUGUAUAUUUUAGGAGAUUUGUGCAAUAGUGGUUGAUUCUGAAUGAGACUUGGGGACAUUUUAGGGCUAUGAGCAAGCUCUGUGCAUUAUGCAAAGGAUACUUGAAUAAGGGUUUGACUGUUUUCAAACUAAAUGUAAGUUGAAAAAACUAAAAAACAUGAACAGGGACAACAGUUUUUGCAUUUUAUGAGCAGGGCUGCCAGAGUCUGUGUCAAGAUGAUGCAUCCUUGUCAUGCUUGUGUAUGUUUUUGCCAUGCAGUUAUGAGUUUCAUGGGAGCUGUUAAAUACAUUUCUGGUUAUCUAUCCUGUGCCUUAAAAAAUCCACACAAAUAUAAUUUACUUGCCUUCUUAUUGUUAUUAUUUUGGAUGGCUUUUGAUGAAUACAUGUUUUAUCUUGUGAAAGCUGGUGUGCUUUUUUUAAAUACCCCAUUUUCAUGUGCUUCUGUGAUGUUCCCCAAAUUUUGCAGCUUUGUUGUGUUUAAAGUUGUGCUUAAAUUUGGAAUAUGAAAAUCAAACGGAUGGUGUCUUGUAUUUUGGUCUCGUUUGAACAACAAGAUAUAUUUGCCAAGUUUCAGGUUGGCUGAAGCGCAGGAGGUCGAACAGGUCAUAUGGGAGUACGUAAAAAGCAAUUAAAGGAAUUUCCUAAUUGUUUUUUUUUUUAUCUUGA